GCCAUUGGUUGCUAUUUGUUUGCUUCAAAACAGACGGGGCAACCGAAACUAUGUAAAAAACACCAGUAAAGCGUCGUAUGCUAAAUGUAAACGUCAAAUAAUACAUGUAUACAACCCACUGCACCUUCAACAUGGAAGCUGAAGUUAAGUUUUUACGGGAUCAAGUCCACAGAUUAAACUCUGCUCUAAGCCAGUAUCAGCAUGGUACCCAAUUUACAUCAGCUCAGGUUGAAGAUGCUAGACGGGCCGAGGCUCCCAAACCUUGGAUGGUAGAUAGAAGUAUAAUGGCUCCUUUGGUAGCUGAGUAUGAUCUGCACAUGGAGGAAAUGACAGAAAAGCUGCAGAGAUACGAGGGGCUGAUGACAGACGUGAAAGUGAAGUUGGAGAGGGUUGUCAAGGAGAAUGAAAGGCUGCAUGCAGAGCUGAGGGAGUCGGUCGAGAAGCAGCUUCAUGUCCUGCCGGUGGCUUCAGGAGUGGAGAGCAGCACGCUGGAGGAGGAAGCUGUCAUCAGAAACCUGCAGGAGCAGCUCCAGCUCUGUGAACAGGUCUGCAUACGUCCUUAUAUCCAAACAUAAGAGGAUUACGUCCAC